GUUAUUUGCAUGAGUGAUCAGAACCUCAUUGCAUUGACCUUUGCCAUUGAACGGUUGACCUUAUCUACUGAGAGGCUUGCCCAAGAGCUUCAGAGGCACCGCCUUGCUACUUCCACCAGCGACAGCCCAGUGCCUCCCAUUGCAGCUGCCUCCGUCGAAGGGGGACGUGUUCCUUUCCCAGGCGAGUUUGUAAAUCACUGUGCUCUGCUUCGCUAUCGAGGUGCCGAAGACGGGCCCGGAUCUGUCCCGGCCUUUGCCGUGUUGCACUGUGUGGAGAAGCUCUCUGCUGACAAAGCCCCAGGUCCUGAGGCUCUGGUUUCUUUGAGUGAUCCAGUACUGGUCUACGCAGUUUUCGAUUCUUUGGCAGAGGUGGACGUGUUUUGCUUGGGAGCAUCCUGCAUUGAGCCCCCAGUGAAGACAUGUGUUUUUUUGCUUGCAGUGCCAGAUGGGUAUUUUGCCAAUGAUGCAAUCAUGGAAGCCGCUCUCUCCGAGGAGGGUGAAGUGCUGGGGCCCUCUAGUGAUAUGAGUGCACCUCUAGUUGAAGAGGAUGACUCAGGUUUAGAAGUUGCCAUAGGGUACGAAGCCAAGUUCCUUUUGAUCGAUGUUAGUGACGCUGCUCUCUCCAUGCUCCGAGAGUAUGAUCCUGUGAUUGACCCAAGUAGUGAGAUCUGCCCAUACUCUAAGGAUAGACCGCUUGCGAUUCUAGACAUAGGUGCCGUUAUGCCAAACAUCAAUGCAUGGUUGGAGUCUCCUGGAGGUGCUGAACGCAUGAAUUUUUAUUCCGCUCGAGAAGAGCAGCAGCCCCCCAUGAGGUCGCAGGUGCCCAAAGCAAGUCCGAAGAAAGCGGGAGCCCGAAGAGUCACAGCUGCCGCCUUGGCAGAGACAGUCGCAGCUCUUACAGAUCAGGUGAAACUUCUCUGCAGCGCAGCAGGAAUCCAACAAAGUGGGUUGCCAAGCAUUGCCAAGGUUGCUCAACUGUUGGGGCCGCCCCCAAAGUCGAAGCCGCUGGUCGUGUCAUUUGUGCCAGAUGUUCCCCGCGCAGAGACUAUGCAGCAUGUUCCGAUAGGCCUAGACUCUUCGACGCCAGAUGUGUCACAUGUAUUGCUUCAGCAGUCUCAUGCGAUUACCACUCUGGUAGCUCACUUGACCCAAGGGGAUCCCCUGACCGAGCUAGGCGCCAGUUCAUCCUCCAGUCAAGGGUUGCAUACAAAAGGCGUCGCACGAAGAGAGAGAAUGCAGCAGGAACUAGCAGGAGGCCAAUCGAAUUUCUACCUGCAGGUUCAACAGCAGAUUUUCAAGCGAAUGUUCCCGUCGCGACCACUUCCAAAGGACGAGAACGAGCUGAUCAGUUCGGGGGUUUCCCUUUGCCAUUACCUGGAGAAGUUUGGAGGCUACAAAAACCAAAGCGAGAUGGCCAUGAUCAUGUGGAUGUUAGCCCACAGCCUAGAUGCGUCCGCGUCGGGCAACAACAGGUUGUGCAGAGAGUACCUAGCUCUCACCGUGGCUUGCAUCGAACAAAGUGUCAUGGACCGCAGUUGGAACUUGGCAUAUGUCCUGAGUUUACUCGAGGAGCCACGUACCCAGGUCUUCACGGAGAGAUCAUCAGCUGUGACGUCCCUGGGACGUCCUUUUGCUCCUCUGGUGCCGCCACCACGGGCAGCAGUGGCUCUUGCUUACCUGAAGGAGUUAGACCUUCUGAGCAAUCGCAAGACGGAAUCGAAAGCCACCAAGCAGACCCCGGCGAAAGCGGGGGAGCAAGAUUCUCCUUCGCCCAAGCGAAGACCGAAGUUUCCAAAGAGACCCAAACAAGGGGCGGAGGUUCCUAGACUACGCACUGAUCGCCUGGACCUUCCGAAGUGGAGGUCGCUGCUCGUUCCUUUGGUGUUGAGAUCUAGGUCUUUAUGCGAGUCGGAAGGUUCUGCUUUUUUUGAGAAUGUGCCCAAGGCAGUUGCAAGAUUGGAGGACUUGUCUGACAUGAUGACUAAGUUAGGCGUUUCCUCUAACCCAUAUGACAAGACGUUCCAAGGAGUUGACAUUCCAAAGCAAGUACCCUCUCCUGAGCUGAAACCAUACCAGGACAUGGAACCGGACAAAAUUCUGCUGUUCGGGCAUGGUGCUUGGGACGUGACCAGCUUUUUGCCAGAUGAGAUGGUGAUGGCCUACAGAGAGCCUAGGUCUCUGCUCCAUGGAUUGCCUGUGCCUCCCGGACCUGAGAUCCGAGACCAACCAAAAACCUUGUCGCAGUUGGCCCACAAGUGGGAUGAGCUUGGCCUUUUGCAUCUCCACCAGCAACCGAUCCACCCGGAUGGACUUGUGAGAAUUUUUGGUGCUAUGAAGGAUCUUAAAAUUCACCGUCAAAUAGGUGAUAGGCGGGGUCAAAAUGCACGUGAAGCAGCCGUUUCGGGACCCAGCAAGAAUUUGCCCAGUGGCCCCGAUUUCGUAGAGUUGCAUGUCAACCCGAAAACUCAUAGGCUCUCCAUCUGCAUCACUGAUCGUAAAGGCUUUUACCAUCAGAUUAGGACCUCAGAAGCUCGUGCCGUUAGUAACACCAUAGGUCCCGCGGUCCCUAAAUCACUUUUAGAGGAUACCAAAGCCUAUUCUGCCUUUUUGAUGCGGAGCGCUCACCGGAGACGAACUAGUGACAGGUAUGGUGAUGACCUUGGCCAUGAUGUAGCACAUGAGCUUGUAGGACCUCCUCAUGACUCACUCUGGGUUUCCUUUGCCUCUAUUUUGCAGGGGGAUCAUUGCGGUGUGGAGCUAGCAACUGCAGCCCAUACUCAACUCCUUCGCCAAAAGGGCCUGCUGAGUGACGAAAGCAACAUGCUAGCCAAUAGGCCCCUUAGGAGUGAGCACCUAGCCGAAGGCUUGGUUAUCGAUGACUACUUCUCCGUAAGUGUUGAACCCAUAGAUCGUACUGAUAAGCCCGCUGCCCACAGUUUUAAAGUUGUCGACAUGACUAAGUUCGACCGCGACCGUCCCAAGUUAGUGAAGCUGACCAGGAAGGUUGCCGAGGAGCUAGUCCUACUCAGUUGCCUGAUGCCUCUCGCAUGUACAGAGCUGUCUGCUGACUAUGAUAACAGGGUUUUUUGCACAGAUGCCUCGAAUAGCAAGGGAGCCAUUUUGCAGACCACCAUGAGCAAAGAGAUUGCAGAGGCCCUUUGGAAGACUUGCAGAUCCAAGGGCGCCUAUUCCCGCUUAAUGACCCCGCUCGAGUCCGUGCUUAAGAGCGUGGGAGCCCUCGAAGAGGUUCAGGACGCACCUGACAAGGGAGGCUGCACUAUAGGCAGACCACCGGCCUUCAUUUCGACUUCAUUGAAGUUUUCGCUGGUGCCAGUAAGAUUACUGCAUGUUUGGCUGAAGAAGACGCGCACGGGUACAGUGCUUGCGGGUAGGUCCAUGCAACUGAUGUAUGUAGGAGCCCGACAUGGAGCCACCGGGAUUGCAGAGACUCCAUAUUCCUCGUACAUGAAGGGCCUGCCAGCCUGGCAGAUCAUCAAGAACUUGGAUGCUAGCGAAGAGACGAGGUGCGACUCCUGUUGUUUUGGUUCACCGCACUUGAAAAGCUUCCGUUUUCUUGGCAUCAACGCAGACCUUGAACCGGUCAGAAGGAGAUGCAAGUGCCGAACCAAACACCUGGUAGUCCAAGGUAAAUACACAAAGCAUUCUGCAACCUACACUGAUGGGCUGGCCGCUGCACUAGGAUCCAUUUUUUCAAUUGCCAUCCGCAAGCGGAAAGCCGACAUGCAGGACCUUGACAGCAUUGCCACAAGGGGUCUUGAAAACCAGCUUGUGAAUGACCUGAUGCAGAGCUCAAGGUGGGAACUUGGAGGACAUCUUCCUUGGGACUUGCCUCCAUUCUCAGGAGAGCAACAGCUUAAGUUGUCGCCGCAGGACUCUAUGUCAACAUACCCUUUUGCCCUACGAGACUUAAUGCAGCAGAUGACCCCACCAGGGACAGACCCAUACGUGAACCCUCACCCGGCUUACACUGUGUCGCCACCCCUGGAUUGGGCGGAGGCGCCUCCGGCUGCCGUGACCUUCGGUGGCUCUGGCCUUCGCUCACUUCGCGCCUGCGAGGUGUCGCCGCCCCUGGAUUGGGCGGGGGCGCCUCCGGCUGCCGUGACCUCAGUGUGUAGCUCGGGUAUGUGUACGUUACCGUCCCUGGAUUGGACGUCUUGUUGUCUUCUGUGCCUCUUACUGCAUUGCUGGAAUGCUGCCAUUUCCUUUAGCCAACUCCUAAGCCAGAUCCCGCCGUUGGACUUUUCGGGAUCCUGUUCUGUUCGUCGCCCCCGUGUGUCUGUACUGUCGGUCCCUUGUCCUUCCUUCGGCCGGGUGCUUCUUUUCUGUGUGCUGAUGCUGAUGCUUGGGUUCGACCGUGCCGCAGCCAUGCCCAUUGAUCCUUUGACACUUGCGGAAAGAAGACGAGCUGGAGAAAGACAGGUCUGCCCAACUUUGACCAUGGGAAGGCCAGUGACAGAUACUACGAAAAAUCUGAGAGACAAAUACUGGUCGAUUUUUAUUUCCUGGACAGUUGAAUACGAGUUGAAUUUCGAGGAAGUUCUGGAAAAUUACAGCUUCUACGUGGAAGAGAUAAAUUGCGAAUACAUUCAAGUCCCUACUAUCGGCGCUUACGCUUCAAACCUGGAGCGUGCCCGGUAG